AGCAGUCGUUAUUGUUGGUAUAGUAUAUUUGAAUAGUCUAAUGAAGUAUACUUAAAGCAAGGUAGAUGGCAUAAUGUUGUUUAACCACCACAUGCUCUUGUGUCAUGUUUUUACAGGCUUAUGUUGGAAGGACACUAUUAUAGCUCUACCUGAGGUUGGAACCUCAAGAAAAACUACGAUAAAAUGCAAGGUAUUCACCAGGUAGUUUAUUCAGAUGAAUAUAUUUCAAGAUCACGAGUAAGACACAGCGAUGGAAUUUUUGAUCGAACUGACAAUCAACAUAAACAGAAUAGUCAAAGCGUGAACAGAGCCAAUAGCCGAUCACAACUCAUCCAUUCCACCAAUCCGGACCGUUUCUCAGUUACGUCAUUUGUUUUAUUUGUGCGAAAUGCACUUUGUUGUUGUUGCUGCUUGGGAUCAAAUAGAAUAAGUAAUGCGCCAUCAGAUCAACACACAUCGACCAUUGUAGCUUCUACCAGUCGAAAUUCUCUCAAUGAAAGCAUUCCUUUGCGUGGUUCACCAGAUGGUAAAGAAAGCAAACGAAUCUCAUCAGUUUCGUCAGCAGACAAGUUUAACUUGUUUAACUCGUCCGAUGCGAUGGCAUUUCUUGUAUCUGAACCUGGUUUCGACGCAAUUAAUCUGAACGAAAAUUUGACUUCAGGAGCUACCAGCAAUACUAGCAGCUAGGUCCAGAAGUAAAUUGGUGAGCAAAAAGUGUCCUAAAUGAUUUACACCGAAGUGAGAUUCAAAUCCGUCUUUUGUUUUGGUUUCCGGACAAAGCAUGACGCCUAUCAAUGGAC